GGCCCAGGAAGCGGCAAAGGGACUCAAUGUGAAAAUAUCGUUAAUAAGUAUGGAUUCAACCACCUUUCCAGUGGCGACCUUCUUCGUGCUGAGGUUGCUUCGGGGUCUCCUCGUGGAAACGAGUUGAAAGCGAUAAUGGAAAAAGGUGAACUGGUUUCUCUGGACAUUGUGCUACAGUUGAUCAAGGAUGCCAUGGUCAAAUUGGUAGACAAAAACUGCCAUUUCCUCAUCGACGGUUACCCUAGGGAACUGGAACAAGGGACGCGAUUCGAAAAUGAGAUUUGCAAAUGCCUCUGCGUCCUGGUCUUUGACGUCAGCGAGGACGUAAUGCGUGAACGUCUGCUGAAGCGUGGCGAGACCAGUGGGCGUGCGGACGACAAUGUGGAAACAAUCAUAAAUCGUCUCAAGACCUUUAAUGAACUAACCAAACCGGUCAUUGAGUACUACGAGAAGGAAAAUAAAGUUGUCAAGAUUGACGCCUCUCCCAGCAUUGAAGAGGUUUUCACGACCGUCCAAGCGGAACUCGAAAAACAGGGCAUAAAAUAG